GUGGAUAAAUCGCGUGGAAUAUGAAAGUGAAAAUUUGAAUGAACUUCUUGUUGUUAGUUUGAAGAUGAUUUUUAAUUAUGCCCAUAAAAUAUUGUGAUGUCUUCCUCACCUGAGAGACCCCACAGUUCGGGACCAGAGGAGAAGCCAGCUGUGAAGGCCCGGCUCCUGUCUUCACAGAUGCUUCUGGUGGAUGCCCUGUAUCACCUGGGUCCUCUGUUAGACUGUGUUAUAUCUGUAGGGCUGCUCUCUAGAGAAAACUGUUAUGAAAUUGAAGCUGAGCGAACACCGCCCAACAAAGCCCGAAAACUUCUAGAGAUUGUUGACGCUCAGAUGGACGAAAACGGUGCCUCUAGAUUCAUGGAGUGUCUGAGGAAAUGCAAGAGACAUUACCCGCGUCUACGAACCUGGUUGACAGAAGAAGAUCAGGACCAAACAACAGUUGUUCAGCAAAGUCCAACAGAACGUCAUCUACAGGCUCUGUUUAGUGUUCUGAGCUCACGCUUGGGCUGUUCUGUUCUUCCGGUCUCCUACGAUCUCUUCUCCAAAGGCAUUCUGACUCAGCUGGAGAUGGAGAAUAUCGAAGCCAUACUUAUUCCAACCAAGCAAGCAAAAACCCUGCUGUCCAUCUGCCUGAAGAAAGGAGAAAAAGCAUGCAAGAGCUUUUACACAGCGCUACAGAAUGAGGACAAACAGCUAGCCGAGGAACUUAAUGUGAAUAGUUUGGUGGAAGACCUUAAUAAAGAGUCUGAAGGCCACAGUGUGCAGAUAGCAGUGGAGGAAACCAGAGGUCACCUGAGGGCAGCUUUACCUCUGUCAGGAGGCCUGCAGCAGGUCAUGGCUCAGCUGGGCUUGACUGUGGGGGAUGAGAUUAGGUUUAAUGUCUGUGAGGUUGGUGUGGCGGUGGGUUUGCCGCGUCGGACAGUCAGAGAAUACCUUCUCGAAGGCGUCGCAAUAGAAGACUCAGCCCAGCUGGAGGCUCUAGUGUCCCUGUACAUGGAGAAGACGCAGGACGCGGGCAGAUUACUGAGCAGAGUGGCGGAACUCAGCCCUCAGUGGGUCCAGCUCUCUGAGAGGGGGUGUCUGCUGUUGAGGUUGCUGCAAAAGGCUGAGACUCUCCUCCGCAGUGGGAUCCACAGUCACCUGCACAGCUGGGACCACCUGCACGACCAGGACCACUUACGCAGCUGGGACCAUUUGUGUCCUGGUGACUGCACGGAUCAGCGCACGGUGUGGGCCAUGUUCAGUUUUCUGGUGUGGGACUGCAUGGCAGAGGUUCUGGAGGAGCCCGAGGCGAAACCUAGCGGAGGCAUACUAGGCAUGAUCGAGCAGCUGAGCGCCAGCGGCAGAGUGGAGGCUGCUUUGCUGCAGGAAGUGGAGCAGUGCUGGACUGAAGGAGACGCUGAGAGUCUGCUGCAAAGCGUAAGAGUCCUCGCUCAGGUGCUCCGAGACCUGCAUCCCCUCCAGGAAGGCCUCCAGCUGUCCUCGUCAGUCGAGGGGCUGUUUUCCUGCAGGCCCAGCAGGCUUCACCGGGUCACUUCCUUCCAGGGCGUCUCUGCACGGGUCAUCCGUAAAGCUCUUAGCAGCAUGGUACCAUCCAUCUCAGACCAGGAUGCAACCCCUCUAGCUAGACAGUAUGUGGAGGCUUGUGUUCGUAUCGCACGUCUCCUAGAAGUGGUGCAGCCCACACGAACCACCAUUGACUUUUCAAACGCCUCCAUUGCUACAGUCACUCAACACGUGCGGUCUGUCUUGUCAAAUCCUGCUUUUAACUCCGAAGCCUUUGACGCUGGAGUCCGACAUCGCUUGCUUUCUGUGUUGGAGUUUAAUCCUGCGCAGCUGGGCCUGGGCUCUCUCAUGCAGCUGCACCAGGAGACCCUAUCCGAAUUGCAGAGCUACUUACAACUCGGAGAGCAACACAACUUCCAGUUCAUUCUGGAAUCGGUAAGGAUAAUCGGCCCCGCAAAGCUGUUUUCUGUGAACAGGGUUCACGGGCCUGUCGCCAUCGAUAAUGGGGUGGAGGAGAUCUUGCGUUUUAUCACAUCAGAACCCACUUCCUUCCUGGUACGACUGCAUUGCCUUUGCUAUGAAGAGGAGAGGGGACGUUUUAAGGUGUGCGCGCCACGCUGCGCAUGCAUGUAUCUGCUCAAGGCAGAGGGGCUGCGCGACAUGCAGUGGUGCGGUGGCAAUGUUCUGGUCGAGGUUGCUGGGAAAGUGUGGGUCAGAGAGGGAGAAAGUGUCAGCUGGGAUGAGCUACAGGCGCUGGCUCAGAGACACUCUGCUCAGCUCAGAGAUGAAGGCUGCUGCUUUAAAGUCAAGACCGUCGGUUUAGAGUGCGAGGUCAAAUUCAUAUAUAGGAGUGGAAGGCUGUGGGCUGUCCCACAUAGGGACUGUGAUGUAGACUAAAAAUACGGGUAGCUGACAUGUUUGACAUGCUGAACUUCAUUAAAAGUAUUUGAAAGAAUAUUUCUCAACAUUUAUAGAUUCAUUUUAUGACCUUGUAUUAAAGAUUACAUGGAAUA